AUGAAGUUGCGAGAAUAUUUUUAUCGGAAUGCGUGUGUAACGGACUUGCGAGUUAUAGACGUAUUAGUCAUAAAGGGAUAUAUAAACUUAAAGGAGAUAACACAUCAGUGGCAACAGAAGGGCCAUAUCAUGGCUCAUUGGCAUCCGACUUAUGAACCAAAACGAUGCGACUUCAUCGGAAAAUUUUUAGCAAACGAAGAA